AUGAUACCAAUUUUACUGGCAGCAACCUCAGUGCGAUCGCAGCAAUCUAACUUUUACCAUCCACAACAAUCAGCUGCAUCAGAAGCUCAGAUCAGAUUUGCUAAAGAAAACAAAUAUGAUGACACAGGUCCCGGAGCCAAAGGACCAGAAUACGCUUACAGCACCUUUAAAAGACUAGAAGACGCUCUAGUUGGAUAUGUAGAUGAUCCAGAUACAAAGCUGCCAGAGUUCGAGAAAGCGAAGGGCAUACAGCAGCUAUAUAGAAGUCAGCAAAAAGAGAAACCUCUUUUUAAAGCCAAUCCGUUCUUGUUACGACCAUCUCAAACGCUGAAGGGUUCACUUUUGCGUCAUGAGGAUACUCAGUCGGCAGUAUUACCAUUCAAGCAAAGCGAAACGUUUAGUUUUCUUCCUGAAGAAAUGAAUACAAAAGUUGAACAGAUCAAGGUUCUAAAAUUGCAGCCAGUGAAGAGUAGCCCUCUGAACUUAGCGCACUUCACCAGAGACUCUGAUGUUGAUACAAACAAUUUAAAUUCCAGUCCCAGCUACACGUAUUCUUAUGGAGUGCACGGAAAGUUGAAGAGAAAUGUUGUUCAGAAAAAUCAGGGAACACUUUACGAUUUUAUUUAUGGGAUUAAAUUUGGAUAG